GUGCCUGAACUUCUACCAUCACUUUAUUGUAUUCGCAUUCAAUUUCCCUGCAUGUAUUUCUAGAACAGAAGAAGCUACAAUGCUAAUUAAAGUCAAGACACUCACUGGCAAAGAAAUCGAGAUCGACAUCGAGCCUACAGACAAGGUGGAGAGAAUAAAAGAGAGAGUGGAGGAAAAAGAGGGAAUCCCACCACAACAACAGAGACUCAUCUACAGUGGAAAACAGAUGAAUGAUGAGAAAACGGCAGCUGAUUAUAAGAUCCAGGGUGGCUCCGUGCUGCAUCUGGUUCUUGCACUAAGAGGUGGGCGGGUCCACCAGCAUCCCAGCAGCCUCCUCACAUCUAUGUAACCGCCAGUCCUGCCUUGGCCACCUUAGAGAUCCAAUAUAUUCACACAUGUCGUCAGA